CUGUUUGUGGGGCGGGGCUUUUGCAGACCAUGGCGGGCGAGCUUGAGGGAUGCAAGUCUCUGAGUGGGCUGCUGAGCGGCCUGGCCCAGGACGCUUUCCACGGGCACCGGGGCAUCACGGAGGAGCUGCUGAGGAGCCAGCUGUAUCCGGAUGUGUCGGCUGAGGAGUUCCGUCCCUUUUUGGCGAAGAUGAGGGGGAUUCUUAAGUCGAUUGCAUCUGCAGACAUGGAUUUCAACCAGCUGGAGGCAUUUUUGACUGCUCAAACAAAAAAGCAAGGUGGGAUAACAUCUGACCAGGCUGCUGUCAUUUCCAAAUUCUGGAAGAGCCACAAAACAAAGAUUCGAGAGAGCCUCAUGAACCAGAGCCGUUGGGACAAUGGACUUCGGGGCCUGAGCUGGAGAGUUGAUGCUAAGUCUCAGUCAAGGCACUCAUCUCAAAUACACACCCCUGUUGCCAUAAUAGAGCUAGAAUUUGGGAAAAGUGGACAGGAAUCUGAAUUUCUGUGUUUGGAGUUUGAUGAGAUCAAAGUCAACCAAAUCUUGAAGAAGCUCUCAGAGGUAGAAGAAACUAUCAGCACACUGAUGCAACCAGCCUAACUGAAGUUGAUGUAGGAAAGACUUGGAGUUAUUGAAACAAUAUUCACAAUCCUUCCCUAUUGACCUUUUUAAAAUCUUGUUCCCCUAUUGAUAUUAAAUCCUUAAAAGUCAAAUC